AAGCCUAUGAGAGCAGAGGGCACUGAGAUGGUAUGAGACAGGAGCCCAAGGGAGAAAGAGAGAAAGUCAAGGAAAGAAGCAAAGAAAAGCCAAGGAGACAGAAGCCACGAAGUGUCCAAGAGGGCUGUGCUGCAGGAAUGGCCCUGAAGAUGCUCUGGCCUGGACAGGCCAAGGGGACCCUGGGAAGCCAGGGGAUCAUCUGCUUGGUGAUGUCUCUACUCCUCCAGCACCCAGGAGUCCACAGCAAGUGCUACUUCCAAGCUCAAGGUAAAGCUGGGGGAGGUGUCAGGAAAGGACAAGGAGCAGAGGGUGUUGGGGUGAAGGGCUUAGUGAUGAUCCUGUGUUGGAAUGGCAUAAUACCUAAACUCCUUCCAACUCUAAAGCAGAAAAGGAAAACUAAAUAUGGGGGACUGUGCUCUUACUCUCUUCCACCCAGAUCAGAAAGGAAUCUGUCUGCCUCUACCACUCCCACAUACACUAACAUUUCCCAUUCUUCCCUAGCCCCCUGUCACUAUGAGGGGAAAUAUUUUACCCUGGGCGAGUCUUGGCUCCGCAAGGACUGUUUCCAUUGUACCUGUCUGCAUCCUGUCGGUGUGGGCUGCUGUGACACGUCCCAGCAUCCCAUCGACUUCCCUGCUGGAUGUGAGGUACAUCAGGAGGCAGGAACCUGCCAGUUCUCCCUGGUGCAAAAAUCUGACCCCCGACUGCCCUGCAAAGGGGGAGGGCCCAACCCAGAGUGGGGCUCAGCUAACACUCCUGAUCCUGGGGCUCCUGCUCCCCACUCCAGUUAAAUUCAUCUGAUCACCCUUAUGCUGACUGCCCACUGCUGCUGCCACUUCCAGGGAAACCACUAGCAGCUACGAAUUUAUUCUGAAUAAAUAAGUUAAUGCUACCGCUGA